AUGGCAGGACAUGGAUCGAAGCGAUGCAAAGAGAGAGCGACAAGGGCAAGUGAGUUUGGUUGCCGGAAGCUGCAGACAUCUAGGUGGCAUCUCACCCGGAGGCUUACAGCGCUUUCAAGGCAGAGGUGCUGGCAGAAAGCGUUAGCAGAGCUGCAGGCUUUUGGAUUCACGAACGUUUUCCACAUCAAUGCUGCAAUGCUUGGGUUAAAAAGUGCAGAGUGGCCGAAAGCUUUGCAACUUCUACUGCUUUUGCAAGUGGCUGGCCGCCAACCAGAUGCAGUAAGUUUGAGCAGCGUUCUUGCAACCCAAACUUGGGAUCUUGCAGCUCGUACGUUUCAGAAACUACAAAGCAACCUGGUGAAAACAGAUGAGCGAUGCUUCAACUCAGCGUUGCUGGCCCUUCGAGCAAGUCCGGUGUGGCUCCGAAGCGUUCACUUUCUGGAGGAGAUGAUGCAGAGCCAAGUUGUACGUUCAGCUGUUGCAGAAAGCACUGUGAUAAGCGGACUUCCUUGGAGAUUAUGUUUUGCUUGGCUUUUAUCAGGCCAAGUGAUUGCUGACCGUAUCACCUGGAAUGCGGCGAUCAGCCUGAGUGCAAAGUGCCUUGCUUGGCAAGCAGCCCUGCAGCUUUUUCAAGCAAUGCAUUGCUUUUCGCUGCAGCAGGAGUCGGCCAGUUUUUUGUCCUUAGUGGCCCCUAAGACGCCGGCCUGGGCAGCAGCUUUGGCCACCACAGAUGCUUUGCUAAUUGCCGAAGACUCGCGCCACAAGGGGCGCCAGCUUCUUGCAGGAGCAAUAUCUGCAAAAUUGCAGUGGCGUGCAGCAAUAGAAUUUCUGCGGAGAUAUUCCAGGGUCUCUGUCAAAAUGGACCACAUCUCUUGGAGUUCCACUCUGUGCAAUGCCUGGUGCCAAGCUCUGAGCGCUCUGAAAACCAUGAAGUUGGUCAAUCUACCCAUUGACCAGGUAACUCGACGCAGUGUCGUGAUUUCUUUGGAACGUGCCCUUUGCUGGCCUCAUGCAUUGAUGCUCCAGCACGGUGAUGUGACGUUGAAAGCCGGCCCAUGGCAGCAGGCAGGGCCAGGCAGCAUUACUUCUCGAGAGCAUUGUUCGACGACGUGUUUCAGCCCAGGGAUUGCAGGCUCCAUGGAGACAUGGCCUACAGCUGCUGUCACGGAUGUCUCGCCGAGCUUUGCAACCGAGGCUGGAUGCUGCACCGGGGCCAUGGCCAACUAUGCUUUGGCAAGUGAAGUCAGCCUCAGGUUUUGCAGAUACAGCUGGGAUCAAUGCAUCGAUCACAGCAGCUGGCCGAGCAGUUUGCUGGGAAGUUGCGUUGGGUUUGCUCCUGCACAUGGAGGGGGCAACAAUGGCUCGAGUUCAUCCAGAUCACAUCAGUUAUAG